AUCAAAAUCAGCCUUGGGAUUGCCCCUGGGUUUUCAUUCGCGUGGGCUGCAUGUCACUUGCCAUCUGCAGGAAUUCACGGCAUGGCCUGCCCCCAAUUCGAUAAUCGUAUCCGCCGCUCACUAAGCCCAAUCCCUUCAUGGCCCGGCGCCUGCAUCUUAGGCCUACAUCCAAUCUGCUACCCGGCUAUCUGGACCCUGCCAUAUGCACCCUGGACACUUGUAAGCUUGCGUUUCUAAAAUACACCUGGCCCAACCUCCUCCGACGUGAGCACGAGAGACGCUCAUUACCUUCCUGGAUUCUUUCUCUUGGGCCACGACUAGACCACCCUUGCUACAGGAUCGACCAAGCUCGCAGCGCCCGCUGCCUUUGCUUUUUGCUGGUUCCCAUCGCCGUGUAACCACGCCUUCGCUUAUCACCAUGACGAUUGAGGACGACAUGUACGGGACUGAAAAGAGCUUUGGAAGAGGCUCGCAAGCCUCGGAUUACUAUGGCGAAAGCUCCGUACAUAGAGAUGGCAUCGGGAGAAGAGUUAUCGAGAGUUUCAAGAGAGAUCCGAAUUUCGUAGUCACGCCCAAGACGACUAUGGGUGCUGAUUCCAAGGUCUUCGAUGUCGAGAGUGCAGCGGCUAAUACGGCCAAUUCGCCACUUGCGCGGAGACUCAAAGGCCGCCAUCUACAGAUGAUUGCUAUCGGAGGUUCGAUAGGUACCGGGUUGUUUGUUGGUUCAGGCCAAGCCUUGGGCAAUGGUGGCCCUGGGUCACUCGUCAUUGCAUACUGUCUCGUAGGAAUAAUGCUGUACUGCACCGUUCAUGCUUUGGGCGAGAUGGCAGUGCUGUUCCCCGUUGCUGGUUCCUUCUCAGCAUAUUCGACUCGCUUUCUGGACCCCGCGUGGGGGUUUGCCAUGGGCUGGAACUACGCUUUGCAAUGGUUGGUUGUGCUUCCUCUGGAGAUUGUUGCUGCGACUUUUACCAUCGAAUACUGGAAUGGUGGCAAGGUCAACAACAAUGUUUGGGUCGCUAUCUUUCUGGUCCUUAUCGUCAUCAUCAAUCUUUUUGGCGUCAAAGGAUAUGGUGAAGCAGAGUUUGUGUUUGCAAUUAUAAAAAUCACCGCGGUCAUUGGCUUCAUCAUUCUAGGCAUCAUCAUCAACAUCGGUGGCGGUCCAGAAGGAGGCUACAUUGGCGGUAAGCUCUGGAGCGACCCAGGUGCCUUCAACAACGGCUUCAAAGGUAUAUGCAGCACAUUUGUCAACGCUGCAUUUGCCUUCUCGGGAACUGAGCUCGUCGGUCUUGCUGCAGCAGAAACAGCCAACCCACGAAAGUCUCUCCCUACCGCUGUCAAGCAGGUCUUCUGGCGUAUCUCGCUAUUCUACAUUGUCUCACUUACUAUUGUCGGCCUACUCGUACCUUACACCGAACCGCGUCUUCUACAGAGCUUGUACAGCACCGAUGCUGUCGCCUCACCCUUCGUCAUCGCCAUCCAGAACGCCGGCAUCGAAGGCCUUCCCUCCGUCUUCAACGCCGUCAUCAUGAUCGCCGUCCUCUCCGUCGGCAACUCCUCCAUCUAUGGCUCGUCACGCACCCUCGCCGCGCUCGCAGAGCAGAACCAAGCACCCAAGAUCUUCGCCUACAUCGACCGCCAGGGACGACCUCUUGUUUCCAUCGCCUUCGCCUCAGCCAUAGGCCUCCUCGCAUUCCUUGCCGGCGCAGACCGCAAAAUCCAAGAAGACGCCUUCAACUGGAUGCUCUCCCUAUCCGCGCUCUCCGCCGUUUUCACAUGGCUCUCCAUCUGCGCAGCACACAUCCGCUUCCGCAAGGGGUGGAAAGUGCAGGGCCACAGUCUCUCGGAGCUAGCAUUCCGCUCGCAGCCCGGCAUCAUCGGCUCGUACAUUGGCAUGUUCUUCAACAUCCUCGUCCUCGUCGCCCAAUUCUGGGUCUCUGUCUCGCCCAUCCUUGGCCCCGACGAAGCGCCCCUAAAUACCUCGGAACACCUGCAGAGGUUCUUCAGCGUCUACCUCGCCCUGCCCGUCACUAUCGCCUUCUACAUCCCGUACAAACUCUACUUCCGCACGUCGAUUGUGCGCUCGCAUAAUAUGGAUCUGCACUCGGGUAUUCGCGAGCUGAAUAUCGAGGCGCUGAUUGAGGAGGAGCGCGAGGAGCGCAAGAGGUGGCCGCGCUGGAAGAAGGUGUACAAGUUCUUGUGCUGAGACUGAUGCUUAUGCUUUAUGUGUGUCGUUAUUAGCGAUUAUUUUGUCGUUUUUCUUGCAGCGUUUUGCGCUUCUUUGCCCCCCUCUUUUCUUUUUGGUUGCGUCUUGGUUUGUGAUACCUACCAGGCGGCAUGCUUCGAGCAUUGCGCAGCCUUGCAUACUAGCUUGUCUUCUAUGUGGUUGUUACUGUGGAGCGCUGAUGAGGUUGGGUUAAUUAUGAUUGUUGUUGACGUUUCGCUGGGGUGAUUGGAGGGUUCAUAGAUGAUAAGUGAUAUGAGCUGGAUGGGGAUGAAUGAAACCAUGAACUUCAU